AUGUCGCCCGCCGCAAUGGUCGAAGAGGCGCCAAUGCAGCUACCCGUCUACUCCAAACCUUCCAGGAUCAGUGCAUCCGUCCUGCAUGGCCCACGGGAUCUACGAUUGGAGCAAAGGAGUAUUUCGGAGCCUUCGACCGGUGAGCUACAGAUCGCCAUCAAGUCCACCGGAAUCUGUGGCUCAGAUGUCUCAUACUACAAAAAGUUCGCCAACGGUGAUCUUUGUGCGUGUAUGCCGCUCUCCCUUGGCCAUGAGUCGUCGGGCGAGGUUGUCGCUCUCGGCCCUGGUGUCAAAGGUUUUGCCAUCGGUGACAGAGUCGCCCUUGAGGUCGGCAUACCUUGUGGCGAAUGCGGUAUCUGCAGGAAAGGCCGCUACAACCUUUGCAAAAAGAUGCGAUUCAGGAGUAGUGCAAAGAGUGUUCCGCAUUUUCAAGGUACACUCCAGGACAGGAUAAAUCACCCGGCAGCUUGGUGCCACAAGCUUCCCGAACAUGUAUCAUUUGAUGCUGCCGCUCUUCUUGAACCGCUUUCUGUUGCCAUUCAUGCUGUCAACCGAGCAUCCCCGGCCCCUGGCUCGACUGCUCUGGUGAUUGGUGCCGGCACUGUCGGCCUCCUCACCGCGGCCAUGGCAAGGCAUUCAGGUUGCACACAAGUCACUAUUACUGAUGUCGAUGCCGGUCGAGUCAACUACGCUAUCAAGAAGGGCUUUGCCACCCACGGCUAUGUCGUCCCGCGAUCCUUCCACACGGGCUCAAGCAAUUCGUCAGUCUAUACCGGAUCUGGCACUUCGACCCCAGCAGAGUCCGGAGUGAUGACCCCGGCCAGCCUCUUCUCCUUCUCUGGCCAGCUGGAGAGUGCAAAGGCCCUCGCGGCAGAGAUACUCUCCCUGACCAAGUCCCCGGCAUACCUGGCCGUGGACGACGAGGACGAGGGCGUGGACCUGGCGUUCGAGUGCACGGGCAAAGAAGUCUGCAUGCACACCAGCCUCUACGCGACAAGACCUGGCGGCAAGGUCAUCAUGGUCGGCAUGGGCACGCCGAUCCAGACGCUGCCCAUGUCGGUCGCUCACCUCAGAGAGGUCGACAUCCUCGGCAUCUUCCGCUACGCCAACACGUACCCUACCGGCAUCCGCAUGCUGUGCUCCGGCCAGCUGCCGAGCCUGGACGACAUGGUGACGCACCGCUUCAAAGGCCUGGGCAGUGCCAAGGGCGCCUUUGAGCUCGCCAGUCGGACUUGUGAUGACGACGGCAAGCUUGUUCUCAAAGUCGUGAUUGAGGCCUAA